AUGAUGGCUAAGCAAGAAGGUGGCAGCAUGAGAAAGCGUCUUCGCGCUUGUGAAGAGUGCCAUCGUCUAAAGAUCAAGUGCGACAUCAGCACCAAUCCCGACGCGGCAAGCUGCGAGCGAUGCACCCGCAACAACCUGGAAUGCGUCCCUGCAGCGCCCCGCCUUCAGCGCAACCGCAUCCAGGAGCUGGAGGCGCAAAUUCAAGAACUCAGCAAUCUCCUUCAAAAACAGAGCAACAACAGCCCAACGCCAAGUCGCUCCCCUGGCGGACUCUCCACCAACACGCUAGGCCGGUCUCCCGGUAGCCUAACAGACAACCACUACGAAGCCAUCUUGUCAUUCCUUGAUGCGCGCAUCCCGCCUAUCCAGCAACAACAUCUUAUUAACCUCUAUGCGCACCAAGCGGGAUCGGCAUGGCCCGUCAUACGCCUAUCCGGGGAUCUCGAAUAUCUCCGCACAAAAGCUCCCAUCCUACUUCUCUCCGUCAUAGCAUACACGACUACGCAAGAGGCACAAGGCUUAGAUUUAGAGACGCACGAUGAGAUAAUUCGCGAAUCGAUGCAUGUCCUCGGUGAAGAAGUUUUAGGCAGAGGACAAAGAUCGCUUGAACUUGUGCAGGCACUGCUCAUAGCCACAUACUGGAACAAGCUUCCGCGAAGAGGUCUAAUGGGCAGUUGUUACCAGAUCCUGCAGCUAGCCGCAGACAUGGCCAUCGACGUGGGCAUCGCGGGAAACUCGCUUCAGCCCACUCCUCCAGCUUACUUUUGCCGGCAUCAGGACGCGGGAUCGCUGGAGGCACGACGUACCUGGCUAGCCUGCUACAUGGCACUCUCGAGCUCGUCAAUCAGUACGCGAAGGCCGAAUCCAUACCCUUGGAACGCUUACCACGAGGAGUGUCUCUUGUACCUGGAAAGCCAAGGGGAUGCUUCCGACGUGCUACUCUGUCAGCUCGUUCGCAUUACGCAACUGGACCAGGAGAUAUCCAAUCAACUAUAUCUCUGCCAGAUUGCUACAUUUGUAGACGGCAACGAUUACAACACCUAUGCUGUAAUCGAGACCAUGAAGAACAAGCUCGAAGCGUGGGUCGCUCAUAUCCCACCUAGCCUUGCAACGUCUCAGACGCUCAAAGUGUGGUGGCACGCAGCCAUGGUGCACCUGUACGAGCUCGUGCUGCACACACCCACGAACAAAGCUUCCUUCGCAGCGCCCUUCAUCCCAGGCCGCAUACCCGUCAAAGACUUCCCCAAGCCAACCAUCAUCAUCGCCCCGCUCAAAACGUCGCUCGAAGCCCUCGUCCAGAACUGCCAUGCCGUCCUCGACACAGCCGCAGAAAUGGAUCCAGCUCUGCUUGUUAAUUUUCCAUCAUUCUGCUUCGCACCAACAGUCAUAUACUCGCUGUUCGUCCUCGUCACCGUCAUGGUAGCUUCGACCGACCCCGCCAACACAUACGGGCAGUGCCUCCCGAAUAGUUGCUUCCGCAUCGAGGAAUUUGGCCUCAAAAUGCGCAAUCUGGUCAUGUACAUGAAGGUCUUGGAUCCUACGCUGAGUUGCUUCACCACGCGUAUGUUUGACGCGACGAGUUGGUUGGAGCAGUGGUAUAAUGACUACACGGCUAUUCUGCAGCGGUACGAGGCAAAUCUAGUUAACUAA